AUGGCAUCUAAUCACACACAUUGUACAAGUUCUAUAUUAACUCCAUCUGAAAAUGAACUUAUUACACGUGUUCAUUCACAUUUUCCAAAUAAUGAACCAAAUAAGUUCUAUUUUUUCUAUGCAACAGCAUCACCUUUUAGUAAUUUUCAUCCAUGUAGUUUCACAGAAAAUGGUAUUCAAUUUCAUACAAGUGAACAAUAUAUGAUGUAUCAUAAAGCAAAAUUAUUCAAUGAUAAUGAAACAGCUGAAGCAAUUCUUCAAGCAACAACUCCGGCUGGCUGUAAAGCUUUAGGAAGAACGAUUAACAAUUUUGAUGAAAAAUUAUGGAUGGAUAAUCGAACACCUAUUCUUUCAAAAGGACUUUAUUUAAAAUUUACCGAAGAUGAUCAACUAAAACAAGCACUUUUAAAACAAUACGGAAGUUUAUUAGUUGAAGCAGCAGCCACCGAUGGUAUAUGGGGUGUUGGGUUAAAACAAGACAAUCCAUUAAUUAAAAAUCGAUCGAACUGGAAAGGACUCAAUCUAUUAGGCUAUAUAUUAACGGAUACAUUACAUCGUAUUCAUGAUAAAAAUUAA